AUGUAUCUUGAUAUGCCGCCCCUGUAUCACUUGGACGACUGGUUGCAAUGUCAACGACCUAAGGACGUCUACUGCAUAGUGGAUGCAGCUUUGACAUCGUCCAGCCCUUCGCCGUUAUUUGACUAUCUAAAGGCAUAUUCCUCAAAAACUCAAAAGCAUUACAAUCGGACGAUGGUACAUCGAGGCGUGUGCAUCAGCAAGUGUGGUGCAGAGGGUCCGGAGACUUGGAAUGAUGCUGCUGAGCGCUGCCUUAACAACAGCUUGGCAGAUUAUGGAUUACACGCUAAAGUAUUGUCGAUGCAUUUUUGUAAAACUCCCGAAACGGUUUAUAGAAGUCCGUCUACAAGAAGUUUUAACAUCGUAGUUUUAUCAGUGUUGGUGAUAACGUUGUUGGCAACAGGAAUACACAUCUUUUGCGGACGCUGUGCACGGUUUGCGGAGAACAAAUUUCUACUCGCUUUUUCAUUGAAACAAAAUUGGCAAAUUUUAAAACGCAUUAGGUCCGAAACGCAAACUGACGAUCGAACAAAAGAACUCGCUUGUUUGGAAGGGCUCAGGUUUUUGGGAACGAUCGGCGUUAUAUUCACACAUGUUACCCUCAUCUAUGUGUUUUCGUACAUUGACAAUCCAGAAUUCAUUGAACAUAUGUUUGAACAACUCGGCGGUAAGGCGGCGUUUAACACUCCGCUGUGGAUGCAGGUCUUCUUCUCCAUCUCCGGCUUCCUCACAACAUAUUUUGUGCUGAUUUCUUCAGAGUCCGGCUCGUUCACGCUUAUCAAAUGCCUGCUGUCAUUUGUUAAUCGUUAUAUAAGGUUAACACCAGUUGCAUUGUUUGCCCUGUGGUUCACCAUUACGUGGUACCCGCAUCUGGGAUCGGGCCCCCAGUGGACGUGGCUCAUCGAGCGCGAGGCGCAGGACUGCUCUGAGCGCUGGUGGUACCACGCUCUCUACAUACACAACUACAUACCGCUCGGCAAGUACUGCAUGGGACACACCUGGUACUUGGCAGCGGAUAUGCAGCUUCAUGUCAUCGGUUUAUUGUUGCUUUUCGUCUUCGUUAAAUGCAGACGCGCAGUAAAACCAGUUGUGUUCGUACUGAUUGUUGGUUCCAUCAUUGCGACUGGUUUUACGGCUUACUUCUUAAAUUUGACACCCAUUAUAACGGCGCAGUCACCCGAGAUCGUCAGUAUGAUGUUUAAAGGUUCACGGAUAAUGAAGAUAUUAUACUUACCCGUUUGGAUGAAUCUCUCCGGAUAUUUAUUCGGUUUAGCAACGGCCUUCAUUUAUUACCAUAACCAAACCAUCGGUUACAAGCUCAGUGAAGCGAAGUGGUUCAAGGUGUUGUUUCACGCAUCGCUGUCGGUGGCGGGUGCGAUGUCACUGGCGGGCGUAGUGUUCCUGGGAGAGACCGCAAUCCCCAAAUGGUUCGCCGCUCUAUACAGCUCCCUCGACCGCGUGAUCAUCGCACUCUGUUUCAAUGUCUUCCUGCUGGGAUGUCUCAGUAAUUGCAAAUCUAUUCUGAGAGAUGCCCUUUCUUGGCGUGGUUUCCAAGUCGUGGGUCGUUUGACCUACGCCGUGUUCAUCGUCCACUUCAUCAUCAUGAGGGUUACUGUGGCCUGCAAUACGCAGAUUGGACACGUCUCCGUCUACUCCAUGAUCUCCUUAUUUAUAGUGGGAACAGUUCUAUCUUACAUAGUAGCCAUACCGGUUUAUCUUUUUAUAGAAUUACCCUUAAUACAGCUCUGGAAGGCGCUCAUUGGUUUGAAUAGUGCCAAGAAGGCCGAACCUGAACCCAACCAAACAGCACCGUCUAAAAUUGAUUUAGUAUCAAAUAUACAAAGAAAUAGCACGCAAAGGUUUGCUUAAGUUUAAGAAUGUUGAGUUAGGAUUGACUAAUUUAUUUAUAAAAGGACAAAGUUACAAUUUAUCUUGUGAUUUUCGUUAAAGUUUAGUUAAGUAGUGUGUAUCAAAAUUUGCGUGUAUACGAAUGUGUGAUAGGCGAUUGAUUAAGCCGCAGUGAAUGUCCGAAUUAUUUUUUACGGUUAGAAACAACUGUAUCUAACCUGGAUAUGGCCGUUAGUUUAUUUGAUAUAUUUUAAGACAGUAACAAUGAUGAUAUAAUAUUAGUAAUAACGUGAUUACGGCAUCAUCAAAUUUCACCAUUCAUCAUGUUUUUAUCCAUCCAUCUUUAAAUCU